CCUCUCUUAUUGGAAUGUGUGGGUGUAUUUGUUGAUAUUUUCUCCGGUAGUUUUGUCUUUAUUCCUUAAAUUAAGAUGAUGUUAUUGAUACGUAAUGCAUAAAGUUUAGGACUCAAGACAACCUUUCUCCUUACAAAGAUAAAAUGAGCAGAAACAUGGAGCAUCCACUUUCCCUCAAACUAAGUUCUUUGAGCGUCAUAUCUCAAUGCAAAUUAGAACGGAUACUGUCGCUAUGUGGCGAUAAAAAGGACUUAAUUAUUGAUCCCGUACUAAUCAAACCCUUGGAAAGAAUUUGUGGCGUCAUCUGGCUACGACAACAUGGUAUUGAGAAAAUCUACAAAAUGGACCCGCAGUUGGGUCCCACAGCAAAUACAAACCGAGUAUACUUCAUCCCAUCCUGCAUCCAGAAGUACAAGUGUGUCCUUGACCAGAUAUCUUCUGUACUCAGCCAAAACUCCUCCCUAGCUGACCAGAACUGCUUCCACAUUAUAAUAGUACCAAAAGUAGUAUGCUCUUAUGAUUCUCUACUAGAGAGCAGAGGCCUAUAUGGUGUAGUCAAACUGCACCCAUUUACCUGGGAACUAAUGGCCUUAGAUGAGCAGCUACUAAGCUUAGAACUGCCUUUUCUAUUCAAGCAGUUAUUUGUUGAGCAAAACCAUUCCUUAUUGUCAAGCAUUUCCAUGUCAUUGUGGAGUUUAUUCCAUGUCAUAGGCCGGCCUAAAGCUAUUUUUUCAGUUGGGAAACUGUCAGCAAGUGUUUUGGAUAUGCUUGAGGUUUAUAAUGAAACAUAUGCAAGGGAUUUCUUGACGGAAGAUAGUUCAAAUGAAAUUGGUGCACUGAUAGUUAUUGAUAGAAGCCAGGAUUAUGCCUCUAGUCUUCUCACUCCUGCUACAUACAGUGGACUGCUGAGUGAAAUAUUUAAAAUUACUUGUGGACAUUUAGAGCUAAAUGUUAAAGACACUAAGAUAAAGAAAGGAAAGCUGAAUUUUGACUUUGAAGAAGAUAAAACGGAAGCAAAAUCUACAAUUAUGACUUUAGAUAGUUCAAUAGAUUGCCUAUAUGGAGAGAUAAAACAUAGACAUUUCUCAGAAGUACUAAGUGUUCUCAGCUCAAAAGCCAAACUGCUGAAAAAUGAAGAUAUAAAAGCAUUGGGAAUACAAGAAAUUAAGCAUUUUGUGGCCACAAAAUUACAACAGGUCACACUUUUCAAGCAAAGUCUAGUCAACCAUGUAUUAGCCUGUGAAACCAUCAUUUCAGAAAUGAGCAAUAAGUUUGAGAACCUCAAAGUGACAGAGACAGAUAUGCUUAAUAACAAAAAUAAGAAAUCAAACUUCACUUUUGUUGAUGAGAAUUUUGGCACUGACAUACACAUCUACAACAGCUUACGGCUUAUGUGUUUACUAAGUUUGACACAAGGACUGUCCUAUGACGAAUAUAAUUCACUAGUGAACAAGUAUUUACUAGCUUUUGGAUACAAUUUCUUAUAUGUAUUUAACAAUUUGAUCAAUGCUGGUUUGUUGAUUCAACCAUCAACAUUAAAGUUGUCUCUUAACAUUUCAAAUCUUGGAAACUUAAGUGACAGAUUACCAAAAUGGCAGAACAGUUUCCAAACUACGGCAAACAAACUUAAAAUGCUUCCUCCUGAGGACUCCAGUAAAUCGUCUCCAGGAUAUGUCUUCAAUGGAGGCUACAUACCCUUGAUAGCAACACUUUGCAAUACUAUAUUGACAUCUGAUUCCUUACUAGACAUUUUAACUAAACUAUCUGCGUUACCAGAUUUAAAAGUUGGUGGAAAAAUAGUAGAGAACUUUAAAGUUGGUAUAGAAACUUUUAACGAGAAAAUAGAUAACUUAAAACCCCAAAGCGACCUAGAUUUUGGUUGCAAAGAUGCGAAAAACUUAGUUAAAUUACUUAAAAAUGAUACUAGAGUAGGUGGGUUUCCGCUCAAGCCUAAAAGUGUGUUAGUAUAUGUUAUCGGGGGUGUGAACUAUGCUGAAAUAGCGGCGUGCGAUGUCAUACAAACAGCAACGGGCAGCAAGAUAUAUGUGGCAAGCGACUGCAUAGCUAACGGGGGUGAUCUUAUGGCUGCUAACACGUGAGGUCACUGUGUAAAGAAUAUUAACAUUUUCAGGGAAGUAAAAAUGACUGAUCAUUUUCACACUAAAUGAAUCGGAAAGAGAGUAUACUAUACAUAUUUAGAUAUCGAGAUUUUAGCUUAUUUUUAUAAUAUAAGCAGAAGUUUUUGUUCAGACAUUUAUGCUUGCGUCUAAUAGAAUCACCUGGGUAAAUAAUAUAUGCAAAUGUAUCAAAUGGAGCAUUCCAUGAAAUUGUCUACCGUUUGUCCCGUACAAACGCGAAUUUUCUGAAGAUUUACAGGUAUAAGAGUUUUCUUUUCUAUGACAAAUGGUUAAAAUAUUCACAGAUAAAUAAUGGCUUGCUUAAAAUGCCGAAAUAAAAAUCGCAACACAGGAAAUAAAAUCCGUUUGUACGGGACAGUCCGUGGAAUGCUCCAAAUAAGUAUUAUGUUAUGUAAAUAAGUUAUUUAUUUUUGUUGUCUUGGUGUUAUACGUAAAAUAAAUGAAGGUACCUAAAAAAAAAAAGCUGUAUUGUAAUUUGUAAGAUAACAAAGAUAAUAUAUAGGUACAUUAAAAAAGGAUUUGUUGAUAACACUUGUUAUUUCCUAUUUAUUGUGAAAUCUCAUAUCAGUAAUUGAGCUGGCUCUCGAAGAUUAAAAACAUUAGCCAUAUGUAAAGUGUCAUUCUACGGAACUUGCUAACUAUGUAAACAAAAGUCACUAGUAAGUAGUAAAUUAUCAUUCUACGACAAUUUCAAUAUGGCGGUUUGUUUACAUAGUUACCAAGUUCUAUAGAAUGACAGUUCCCCUACAUCUACUGG